AUGGCCGGGAAGGACAAACUUUCCGUCAUUGAACUCGACGGCCGGACCGGUGAAGGCGGGGGUCAGCUCGUUCGCAUCGCUUGUGCGUUAGCUGCGGUCGCAUCCCAACCGAUCCGGAUCAUCAAUGUGCGGGGCAAUCGUGAAGGCACCCGGGGCGGUGGUCUGAAAGCACAACAUGUUACCGCCAUUGAGUUCCUAGCCAAGGCCACUGGCGCUGAAGUCGACGGCCUCUUUGUCGGUAGCCACACCCUUGAUUUCCGCCCACAUCUCCAGCCAUCCGAUAUCCGCGGCCCCGCUGCUGGGACCGGCCGCAACAAGCAUGGCGACAAGAAUAACAAGGACGCCGGGGAUAACAACAAGGGUAUCAUCUCACCCUUCAGUCACGGUUCCAUCCUCAAAAUCGCAGCCGACACCCCCGCAGCCUCGACCAUGCUCAUCUUCCAAGCGGUCUUCCCUUUCCUCCUGUUCGCAGCGGCCAGCAACGGGAGCACACAUAGCGGCACCAACGAAAUCACCAUCACGGGUGGCACCAAUGUGGCUUUCUCGCUUUCGUUUGAGUACCUCGAUCAAGUUCUCCUCCCAACGCUGGAAGACGCAUUCGGCAUCCGCGUCGAGCGCAAGCUCCUCGCACGUGGCUGGAGCUUGGGAAAACAGCAGCGUGGAAAAGUUGAGUUCAAAUUCAAGCCGCUGAAACUCGGCGAAGCCCUCAAGAUCAAGGAAGAUGCCACAGUCGCGCUUGACGGAAAGAUUGGCGGAGUUGUGUACGGCGGCGGUGCUCCAUUACCUGCCGUGGAGGACGUCGAGGGCAUUGACGUAUCCAUCAUUGUACCAAGCGACAUGCGCGAGUCCAUGGCCGACGCUCUCGUCGAGGAUCUCGAACAGCUCUUCCCCGACGUCGACAUCAAUAUCAAGGUCAAUGAGGACAGCGGGGCCGACACCCGCAUUUACGUCCUCCUCGUCGCCAAAGCAGGCGUCGUGCGUUGGGGUCGGGACAUCCUGACCUCCAUGCCCAAGAAGGCCAAGGCCGCCGACAAGGGAGCCGGCAGCAAAGCCGGCAAGGGUGGCAGCAGCAAAGCCAACAACGGCACCGGCAACGGCGGCUCAUCCGUCAGCGCCGCCAUCUCCCGCAAGCUCGCCAAGGAACUGUACGAGGAAGUCUCCUCCGGCGGGGUCGUCGACGAGUAUCUGCAGGACCAGCUGGUCAUCUUCCAGGCGCUGGCAGAGGGCCGCACAUCGUUUCCGCGGGGCGAAGCUAAGGACAGCCUCGAGCAAGCGGUGGCUCAGUUGAGCCAGCUGACGCUCCAUCAUGAUGAUGACCAUAACAGCCAGGGGAAGAAGACUGAUAAGCCGUUUGGUGAGGGCAGUACGCAUACCACCACGGCGCGCUGGGUCACUGCGCAGCUGUUACCGGGGGUUAAAUGGUAUAACAAAGGGCUUUUGUGUGAAGGGACUGGAGUCCGCAUGGAGAAGAAGUAA